GCAUCGCAACGCGUUCCGGCUCGGGAGGUUUCAUACAGCGUUGUUGUGACCGAUCCGUUGUCGAGGCAACAUCGGCGCUGUGGUUCGCGCCGCGCGUUUAUUGACAUAACAAUAUUAACCGCGAUACGUGCUCCGCGCUGUGCUGUGCUGUGUCAGUGUUGUGAAAAUGUUACCGUAACAUUAAAAUGGCAUUAAAAAAGGAUUUCGAUCUACCGAAGAACAUAUUCAAAAUCAAAAUCCCAAAAAACGUGAAAGUCCAACAGGCGUUCGAAAAAAUAUUCAAGAAGAGUAACUACACUAAAAUCGCGCAGAGUUAAUUCGGUUUGUUAACGUUUUUGUUUCAUGUUAAAUGGCCGGUGAGUUUAGUGCUUAUAAUAUCAGUAGAAGUAGAAAUUCCGAAAUAGAACCGCCCGAUCGUGACCAGUCCCCAAAUUUCAUAACCGAUGCCACUGAGUUUAUCGGUAAAGGUGAUAUAAGAAAUUCGACCCCAAUAAAGAAACACCGAAGAAGCAGAAGCAGAAGUGGCAACAGAAAGACCCCUAUAGCUCUCAGCUUGUCUGAUGAGAACUUCUAUGAAGAACUAGAGGAAUACGUCAGAGAAAUGUCGGCGGUUAGAGAUACAAGCGCGAAUAUGGACGCGAACACCGAGCAAGACGUGUGGACUCAACUACAGCAGAAGGAAUCUGACCUUCUGCUUGCUGCGGAACUGGGGAAGGCUUUGCUAGAGAAAAACGAAGAGCUAAAGAAGGAACAAGAAAGGAUCGCUGAGGAGUACUCCAAAAAAGUCGAGGAGUUGGAGCAGGAGAAACAUCUACUUCGACGGCGUCUGGACACCACCCAGGGAGAAUAUGAGGCCAGGAUUCUGGAACUUCAGAACGACAUUAAAGAACUAUCGGUCAAGAUUGAUACGAGAGAUACCUCUGUCAAACAGAGAGAUGAAGAAAAAGCUAGUCUGAUAGCUGAACUUACAGCGCAGAAUUCUCGCCUCACGGUCCAGUUGAAGGAGUCAUCAGCCACAGAAGCUCAACUGCUGGCCCAGCUGGAAGCCUUAAAAGAUCAAUGUUCCAUGAGGAAGACGGAUCUACAGGAUCACGUCCAAAGUCUACAGUCUUUGAAAUCUGAACUGGCGUUGGUCACUGACAAAAAGACAGACCUGGAACGAAGGCUUACUGGAUCGCUGAAGAACAAGGAGAACUUGAUGCAGCAGCUUGAUGAAGCUAACGACAGAAUCGCGGCCUUGGAGAGGCAAUUGAAAGAACAGGAGCAACUGUAUCGGAACACGUUGAAAGACUUGGAGCGUCUCCAACGCUCUCACGACACGUUGGCUGAACGGGUCGGAGCACCAGACCCGAUAGACUCAUCGGACACGGCCAGAUCCCUGCACGCGGAGAUGGAGACCGAGCCCGACGACCAGGACGACAGCUGGUUGAGGUCUGAAGCGGUGCAAGUCUACAAGCAGCUGAGGUCCUUGGCCUUGCAGCUGAAUACUGGACAUGAUGACGAUUCAGGUCUUCACUCCGAUUUAUCUAUUUCAUCCUUGGACGGAUACGAAGGAGAGACCCUGCGCCGUGGUGCUCUAGCAGCAGCCUGUGCAGAUGCGGUGGCUGCCUACGCUACCCUCGAAGGUUCUAGAGUCAGAGACUCCAUAGCCGCGCAUGCUCGUCGCGCCCUAGAAAGAGAAAGGCAGAUUGAUGAGAAGAACGAAAUCAUUGCUGAUUUAUCGGCCAAGCUGUCCGUAGCAGAAGUGGAAUUGCAGGCAGCCGCAGAAGAAAGAGAUAAGCUUCUAAACGACGCCAACUACAACAGUCUGCAGAACGACGAAGCUGUCACUCGCGCCAGACAAGAGAGAGACGAAGCCAUCGAAAGGAAAAAGACAGCUGAGGUGGCUCUGGCUAAGACCCGCGUGGAGUUGAUGCAAGCGAACAGUCAGCUUUACGAAGCCGUGCGUCAGAAGGUCGACCUUGGUCAACAGCUGGAACAGUGGCAGAUGGACAUGCAGGAACUUAUCGACGAGCAGAUGAAGCACAAGCUCACAUCGCAGGAGAAGAGGAGGAAGCUGCCGGAACAGCCUGCCCCUACCCGGACCUCGCGACUCCUUGGAUUUUUUCACCGGUGAUCUGUUGUACAGACCACAAAGCGCUCACCAAUGAAGCCAUAAAAACGACCAUCAUAUCAUUUAUGUAUUAUAUUUUAAUGAAACAGGACAGUUUCUCGGCAGUUUUAACGUCGCUACUGACAUUAUUGUAUCGAAGCGAUCUGUCAAACGUCAUACGCGCGUCGGCCAUCUUGUGCCUCACGGACGUCGCGACGACCGCGCGGGCUUUGAUUUGCGUUUUUAUUUUAUUUUUUAAAACGUGUGAUUUCUACACUUACGCAGUGAUAGCUAGUUUAAUUUUUAGAAUGUUAAUUAUCAAUUCAAUUAUUUUUAUUUUUUAAUUAUUUUACAUUUUUAUUUACGUAUUAUUUGCACUCGAAUGUUUGAUGGCUGAUGAAGACUUUAUGCGCGAUUUAAAAGAGCGAAAUGUACAACAGAUUUUUGAUGUUACGGACAUGGCGUAGUGGAAUGUUAAGGAAUAAAUGGCCCUUGAAUUUGACCUUCUCGAUACGGCCGUUUCGACUGCAUCUAUUGAGCUCAAUGCCUAGUUGCACGCGCCUGAGGGAUCAACUUGGUACAUCUCAAGCCGGCUAUAAAUACGAACGAUACGAAACAAUACGAAUAGUUGGUGAAUUGGUGAAAAAACAUGUUACCAUAAGCAAUAAUAACAUUAGUAUAGUGAAAACUAACCUUGUGAUUUUAGUGUUUCCUUGAGCUUGAGACUUAUUAAUGGCGGAUUAUUUAUCGUUUAGCAUAUGAAAAUGUGCACGAGCGCGGGAAUAUUAUACAAAACGCUGCCGAGUUCCAAAAAGUCCAUCGAGGCCUCAGUACCUGUCAUUCUACUGAGGAUUAUCAGGCCUAAAAGUCUAAUAACCGAUGGCCGUAAACAAUAAAAAAAUCCGCGUUAACUCAUUACUAACUUCAUUCGGUUACAUCAUCGCCAUUUCGUCAACAUUUAACAUCAUCUUCAAUACAAUUAUUUAACAGAGCAACGAGAAGAAUUAUAAUAGUGAUGACAUAAUUAUAAAACUUUCAGUUUCUUGAAAAAACAUCCUUAUCUAAUCGUUGGUAGCCUAAGGGACUGUUCCAACUACGACUACGACAACUAAAAAAACGAUACUUCGUUUAUCAAAUAUUAUUAUGACAUUGCGAUUAUACCCCUUGCACAACACCCUAUAUAUCAGUUUUGUAUGUCUUGUCAGUAUAACAUCUCGUGCUAGAAAAUACCCGAAGAUAAUAGCUAAGCGAAUAAUCACAGAUGUUCCCGUAGUUCACUAUCCCAUCAAAACAUCUAAAAAGACGGUUGACGUUGCGACUGCUUUGAAAACUCUUGAAAAAAUUAAAAAGAGAUAUGACGAUUUCCCGUCCCUCUCGCACCGUCACGUAACGAAAAAUAGACGCUUGGAAACGGUCCGUCAUCACACGUACUGUCUAAUCGCAAUGAAAAAUCAGUUUGCCGAUAUCUACAGGUCUGAUCUUAACUUAAAGUUGAAAAUCGUUUGUCAUACGCGCUACACGUCCGAAUGUCCAGGGUUUUUUUAUUUAUUAAUUGAAUAAAUCAAAAUGUACACUAAUAUAGUUUGACAGCUUUAAAUCUUAAAACAUUAUUCAUAAAACUUAAUGCAGUUUUUAAAACUUUAAUUCUUGCCUUUAAUAAAGGAUAGAAUACAUUUCAAAAAUCUUUCGAUUUAUAUUCAAUUCGGUUUAUUUACGAUUAUUUUUUUUGUAUUAAUUAAUAUAAUUUUUUGUAUGUUUGAUGUUUUGUUCAUUUUCUAAAUUACUAGUACCUUGACUGAAGGGACAGUGCACACAUAGACAUUAUUAACGAGAAAGUUUAAAAUUCAGCCAUUCGAAAUCGCUCUUAAAAAAAGCUUUGUAAAUAACACAUAAUAUUAGUUGAAAAAAAAUUAUUUUAUUGUAAUAUUAAUAUAGCCUAAGUAAAAUUCACUUGAAGUGAAAGAUUUUCUGGUGCACUUUAGUAUUUAGUAUUUAAAAUUAAAAUGUGAAAAACGUCAAAAGAAAAAGAACUGUCAAUGUGAUUGUGUAGUGGAAUUGUCACUUUAUCUGUCAUUUGUAUAUUUUUGAAAAUAAACUUCUGCACUUCUUGAUCUUUUUCUUUUGACGUAACAAUUUUUACCAUAGAACAUACACAUUGGAAAGGUAGCCAUAUGUAUUUUACCGUUAUAAAAUAAAAUAAACAUGAUCUGUCGGACAUAGAAUAAUGUAAUUAGUUUAUUAAUGAAUUUUAAUUACUACACACACGAAAAUUUUAAAAUAAUUAGUUAUAAAUGAAAUAUUAACAAUUGUUUUGCAAUUUAAUAAUACUGUGCCUUAAACGUACCUGGCCUUUUGCGUGCCUUUGUAUAGAAGAAAAGAGUAAAAGUACUUAAAAAUAUGUGCAAAAACUAUUUUAAUUUUAGACAACAAUAUUUACAAUAUUUAGACUUUAUAACAAAAUUUAAACCGUGCUCAACUUCAAAAAUUGCUCACACAAUAAAAAAGAAGAAAUAUAUAGACUAGCAAAAUAAAAUAGCUUAACAGCUGUCAAUAACGACAGAUGUCAAUCAGAGAAACUUUUUUGUUGAAACGUUAUUGCCUAUAUAACACAUCUUUUUGCUUUAUGAACUCAUAACAAUAACUAUUAAUUAUUAAGACUGAAAUAAUAAUGAUAAUAUGAUUCUUAAAAUGCGUUUAUGUACGGCAAAGUUGCAUUUUGCAGAACUGUAUUUUUUUUCAUAAUAUUGCACAAAAGUAAGCAUUAACUAUAUUAUGUUCUUUGUCAAUGCGAAUAAAAAUAGUAGCAAUUGCACAACACAUAACACACGCACUUAAAAGUAUGGAUAGAAGAAUUGUCAUUGAUGAUAGUAUUACUUAUUAUUGUUCCAUAGUAGAAUACCCACAUAAUGUCACAUGAACUGACCACUAGCUAAUUGCAAACAAACGUUACAGUUUUUUGGUAGAAAAAUUAUAUAAGUUUGUAAAACAAUGUUGCUACAGUAAGUUAAUUUUUUUUUUUUUGUUUCAAUAUUGUCUAUUGAUUUUAACGAGUAAUAUUAAAAUAGUUGAAUAAAAUUAUUACUUUUACGAAUUUUAUCAAUUAACCAAUGGCUUCAUAUCAAUGAGAAUUGAUUUAAAGGGGCAUUUAAUAUAAAAUUAUCAAGCGAUCGCUUUUAUUAUGACUUUUUUUUACAUUAGUAAGUAAAAACGGGCAUACAUUAAGUUUUUAAUGAUCAUAUUUUAGUUUGCUAUCUACUGAACACUUUUUUAACUAACAAUUUUACUGUCGUCAAUUUAGUAACAUGCAGUCGAGUAUAGAGUAUAGAGUACAAGUAGAGUCUGUGGUACCCUAUUAACAGCUUAAAGCUGGUGUUGUCAGCUAUAUGGAUAGUUUAUCGAUGGGCUGGCAACAGUAACAGUAUAUAUCUAUAGCGUGAAAUCUGGUAAUACUGUAAUUUCUUCACUUUUCAAAAUUACUUUAACGUUCCAAUUUUUCCUGUUUAUUUUUGUAAUUUUAUUAAUUCCGAAAACUUACGAUAUUUACACACAUGGCGAAUAUCAAGAACAGUUGUGUACAGAAAUCUUUAGUAAAAAUAAAAUUAAUAGUUUGUCAACACGCUCUUGACUACGGCGCCAACCAUUCUGUCAACUGUCAAAUCAGGUUUUAGAGUAAAUCCAAAAACUGACUAAGGAAAAUAAAUUUAUACCACGCACAGUCUGCGAGGCUAUUGAAAAACAUUCUUCUCUAUUUAACAAACACUAUUAGACUAGAUGGUUGGCGCUUAUUUUAAAAUCUGAGAUCUUUUUAUCGUGACCGUAUUUUAUCAUUACCAAGUUUUACGCUUUUGCCAGCAAUUUUCUGCUGAUUUUGUUACUGAUUUCCAAGGAAACCUGUGGGCAGAAGUGAUUAUUUACACUCCUCAAAUCCCUGAUGUUGCUAUAAAUGAAAAUUCAAUUACACACACAUUUCCCAAACGUUAAAAUAUGCUUUUUGCCUUCAUUUGACUAUAAGAAAGUCUGUGUUUUUUACACGUAAGUGUAAUCUCUGUAAGUGCGAACCAUGUUUUACCGAUCAACUCGAAUUACAAUACAUUCUAACUUCGUGAUAAACAAAAGGAUUACAAUAAAAAAGUAAGAGUCAAUUGAAAAUGAUAUUGUAUUAAAAAGUGUAGGUAGUUAAUUAAAAAAAAAAGUGUACUUAACAGCACCGAUAAUGAGUACUUAAUUAAAUAAUAAUAAUUUUUAUAAUAAGAUCUAUAUAUGUAUCAUGACUAUACACUACAUUGUAAUUUGUUUGUGGAGUUUAAUAAAUAAUAAUAAAAUG